AUGCACCCUGCUAUACACGUGGAGUCUAUACUCAAAAUGCCUAGAACAACUGUACAACUGAACAAAAAUAAUAAAAAAGCUGCUGCACUUAUAAACACAUUUUUUAACCGCACUGACUCACUGUUUUCUUUUGAAAAUCAGCCGGAAAAGUCAACAGCCGAUGCAUCGAAUACAAGUGACCCGGAUUAUUUAUCACCAGAUAAUGCAAAUAAACAAUCGGGUAUAUAUGAAAAUACCCCAAAUAAUGACGCAAAUAUUGACGUUCGUGCUCUUGAUGAUUGUGCAGUAAAAAUAACUGACUGUGGAAUCUAUCAAAAUCAGGAUAUCUCACCCAAAAAUUCUUUCUCCAGUACGGCGGUCUCGGACCACGAAGACUCUGAUAAUAACACCCAUGUCUACGACAAUAAACAACUAAACGAUACAAUAAAGGCAAAAACACAAUGCUCUGUUAAUGAUAGUGAAUCUGGUGCUCUGGUUCAUAGUGGCUUCGUCGCCAAAAUGGCCCAUAACUUGGACGAAAUGUCUUUGAAACGCAAUCAGAAUAAAAGCAACAAUAUUGAAGGUGUUAAUGCUAAAAAUGUAGUUAAAAAAGCUUCUGAUGAAAUUGGACAGUGCGUUAGGGAGAUUGAAUGCUUCAAGCAGGAAAUAUGCAUGUUAAAGAAUGAAAUAGAUAAACUGAAGUUAGAAAUUAAACAAUACAAAAAGGAUAACUGUCAACAAAAGGUGGCAGAGUGCAAACAAAAAAUAGAAGUGUUCCAAAGGGAAAUUUUAGAAAAAAGAAAGGCCAUCACACACGACAUAGACCCAAGUGAAACAAGCAUCGAAAUGUUCAAUAAUAAUAACCAAGACGAUGAACAAUUUGAUGACUGCCAAUGCGAGGCAAAGGGGGAAGAAUGUAAAGAUUAUGAAACUAAUUGUAAUGACAAUGGUGCUGACGAGGCAUGUGGCUCAAGCGAAGAAAUUUUAUAUAAUGAUAAUCAACAUAUUAAUGACGAUCAGCAUAUUAAUGAUGUUAAUUUAAUUGUGGAACAAAAUAUAAACGAUGAAAAUAAUCUAGCAAAUUCAACAUAUAAUUGUGAUGAAUGUUACCAUGAAGAAGUUGAAAAUGUUAGCCAUCAAUAUAACCUUGAACGCCUAGAUGCCACGGUCGUCAAUGAAGGCAUUUUGAAGAAAAAAAUGCGAGGGGCUGAAGGAGAUGAGGAUGAAGAGAAUGGUACUGAUAUGAAAGAAAAUUGUGUAGAUGGUGUUAAGUCUGAUAAUGAAGAAAAUGAUUUUGGGAAAAUAGGAAGCGAAAAUCUUUUUAAUGAUAAUAAAUAUGUGUGCAGUGAAGAAUGCCGAGAUAUGUAUGAUGAUGUGUGCAAAGAGGCGUCCAAUGAGAUAGAAAUAGUUGACAAGGGAUCAAUCACGGAGAUGGAAAACAACGAAAAAUUACCGGAAAUAGCCUCAUUGGAAAACGACUUAAACACAACAAUCUCAAGUAGUGUUAACACUGAAACACAGAUACAAACACACGACAAUGACGCCGCACCAUGCACUCCAUACAAUGACCCGACAUCAUCCUACCAUGGCAUUGUUGACAGUGUAGAUUCGGUAUCUCCACUGAAAACACUAUCUAAAGAUUUAAAUUCAAAUUCAACAUUUGAUUUUGAAAAUUCUGAAGCAAAAAACGCUGACGAUAUGGCCAGAUCAUGCCCUAUAACAAUAGACGCCAAGGCAGGCGAUUCUACUUCGUGCCAAAUUACGGACGAAGGGAUAUUCGAAAAUAAACCUGCUGCUACUUCAGGUGCACACGUAAGAUCUGGUUCAUCUGGAGUGCAAAAAAUGGAUAGUGGUACUUAUGAGAACCAACCCUCAGCCACUUCAGGUGCACACGUAAGGUCUGGCACAUCUGGAGUGCAAAAAAUGGAUAGUGGUACUUAUGAGAACCAACCCUCAGCCACUUCAGGUGCACACGUAAGAUCUGGUUCAUCUGGAGUGCAAAAAAUGGAUAGUGGUACUUAUGAGAACCAACCCUCAGCCACUUCAACUGCACAUGUAAGGUCUGGUUCAUCUGGAGUGCAAAAAAUGGAUAGUGGUACUUAUGAGAACCAACCCUCAGCCACUUCAACUGCACAUGUAAGGUCUGGUUCAUCUGGAGUGCAAAAAAUGGAUAGUGGUACUUAUGAGAACCAACCCUCAGCCACUUCAGGUGCACACGUAAGGUCUGGCACAUCUGGAGUGCAAAAAAUGGAUAGUGGUACUUAUGAGAACCAACCCUCAGCCACUUCAGGUGCACACGUAAGGUCUGGCACAUCUGGAGUGCAAAAAAUGGAUAGUGGUACUUAUGAGAACCAACCCUCAGCCACUUCAGGUGCACACGUAAGAUCUGGUUCAUCUGGAGUGCAAAAAAUGGAUAGUGGUACUUAUGAGAACCAACCCUCAGCCACUUCAACUGCACACGUAAGAUCUGGCACAUCUGGAGUGCAAAAAAUGGAUAGUGGUACUUAUGAGAACCAACCCUCAGCCACUUCAAUUGCACACUUUAGUUCCAGUAUACCUAAUACACAGAAAGUAUACAGCGGUACAUUUGAAAAUGAGCCCUCUCAGCAUAUAAUGCGUUCUAGGACCAAUCAGAAAACUUCACAGCAACACAACCCCAUCAGUACACCAGCACCAGUUGGAGACACUGCAAUCGACGGCACAUUUACCCACACCAAUGACAUCACAGCCAGCCCCCCCGCCUCACAACCCAGCUAA